GCUUGUUGGCUAAAAAUUUUCUUAGUUUUUUUGUGUUGGCUAUGUAGAGAUCGUGGAAAUAUUUACUCAAUUCGAUUGGAUUUUAUUAAAAAACCAAAAUGAUUGAGUUGUUAUAAAGUGAAAGAAUAUAUUUGAAGUAGUGAAGUUAAAGUAAAGCGAACGCGUUAAAGUAAUUAUUUUCCUUCACAAAAAAGACUUGUGUAGACAAAGCCUCGCCUCGUUGAAAUUGUUAUUGUUGUUAUUGCUACGUACGUACGGUGGUGACAGCAAAAGUGCGCCCGCGUUCCACUAAAAAAAGGCAGUGGCAGCAGCAGAGAAGAUCGCGGUCUUUUUCUCUAUUGAUUCUCCCCAUCCACACACUGUAUUUAUAUCUUUAUCAGCUGUGGUUUUAUUUUCCAAAAAAUUAUAUGAGAAAUUUUAAACAAACUUUUUCUUAACGUGACCAGUUGUUAACUUUGAAAAAGCCGUGUCCCCAAAUGUCUUUGAAAUUGAAAAUCAAAAUCAAUAACAGCUAUGAGUCGGAAUCGGGUUGUGGUUCUUCGAUCAGUGAAAACAAUGAUUACAGCAGCAUCUAUGAUGAUGAUCAACUCGAUUACAUUAUAAAGCCGCCAUCCUAUAGCAAUGAAGUAACUAUUACCACUACAACACCUAUGGCUCCCAUUGCCAGUUUGCAUGCAAACGAUAGUAUUUCAUCAGCAUCGUCGUCAUCUUCGCAGGCAAGCAAAGACAGUGUUCUAAACAGCAAAGGAAAAAGAGAAAUGUUGUUUGGCAUUCCACUGCAUUCCAGCCAGGAGUCAUCGUUUGAAGGUUUUGGCAAUAGUCCAUUUGACAAAUUGCAACGCAUUUUCUAUCCGCAUCAACCAUCGGGUCUAAUUGCAGCUAAUGUGGCAACAGCAGCAGAUUCCAGUGAAAGUAAAAGUCAAAUGGCACCACGGAAACCAUCGCCCGGUAAAAUCGUUUUCACCAAAUUUUAUGACACAAUUGUGGAGGAGAAUAGCUGUAAUGCGGUCGACAUACAAAUGUCCUCCAACGAUCCUGCAGUGUUGCCGCUACGCAGAUCCAGCAGUUCUAGUAACCUAUCAAAUCAAACGGACGCAAACCCCUCAUCGGAAUUGUCAUUUAAUGGUAAAAUUAAAAGUUUAAGUAAAAAGGAAGAAACCUUGAAUGUUUCCUUGGAAGCACAAAAUCGUUUGCCACCGGUAUUGGAAACCUCAUUGAAUACGUCACAACAGCAAUUUUCGGAAUCGUUUAUAUUGAAAAAAUACAGCAAUGAAAAAUCACCAGAUUUAUUUGGUGAUGAUGACGACGAAGAGGAGGCUGAUGAUUGUGGUGGACACGAGGAGGAAGAGGAAACCAAAGGUGAAGUACAAAAUCCUAAAACGAUAACUGAAGAACUAGCAGCAAAUGAAGAAAUCCACAAAACCACCUCGUCCACAUGCCCCAAUGAAACCAAUAAUUCAUUUAGUUGUCCCGUUGAUGGCAGCUUUGCCAACGAUGAUUGCACCAUGGAUUGCAGUCUAACCCAAAACAGCAGCACAGAUAACUAUAGCCUGUUUAGAGAAAAUUGUCGCCGUGAAAGAGAAAUGUUGAGGCGCAUACGAAAAUGUUUGGCUGGUGUUUUGCCGCCGCCAUCGGUUACAAUACCACAACUGGAUAUGUUCAAUGCAGUUUUAUCGCGCAAAGAUGCGCUGCUAAAUUUCUUUCAAAAAUCACCACAAAAGGCCAAUGAGCCCCAACAAGUUCAAACAAAACCCCAGAGAAUACCCAGUUUAUUUAAACCCACUCACAGCCUUGAUGAGACCAAAACAAUGCCAUGGCGUGAUAUUUUGGGUGUAAGACAACAUGGUUUAAGCUAUAACCUUAACAAGGCCUCUGAAAACAAUGAAUAUUUAAGUCUAUCAAUUAUGGAAAGAUUUAUUGGAGCCGAAACAGCCUCAUCAUAUCAAAAUUCACCUUCAUCGGCCAAGAAGCGCAGCACUCGAAUGAAAUUAUUGUGUCAGAGUCCCGGUAAUCGUUUGAGUCAUUUGGCCAAACGUCGUGCCAUCUUUUCUUCAGCCCAUUUGGCCACGACCUCACAGAAAUCCAGCACCUUAUUGGGUCCCCAAAUUGUGCUAGACAAAAAGAAACCGAAGAACCGCCGCAAGGCCACACCAAAACGUAUGACACCCGGCAGCAAAAAGAAAACUCGCAAAACUCCAAGUUCAUCGGCACGUAAACGUUUGUUCCGCAAUGACAUCAUUAAACCGGGACCAUCAAGAGAAACCUCGAAACGCGCGCUAUUCCAAAGUCCCGCCAAACAUGUACAACAGCAGAGAGCAUCGCUGCCCAAACCACCCCCAAUGAAACCGGAAUUAGCAAAUCGUGUGGAAAAGUCCAAACGUGCCUUGCUUUUUACCCCAGAAAAACAGCAACAGCAACAAAUCAGUGGCCAACAAAAAACCAAUAACACAUCAACUGCCACAACAGAAAAUACCUAUUUUGCACCAUACAACAGUUCACAGCUAGAAUCGUUACUGAAACGUAAACGAAAUCCCUGUGAUGAUGCUGAUGACGUUGAUCUGGCAAUGCAGAAUAGUAAACUCAUGAAAACAGGUAGCUCCGGUCUAACACCGCGAGCUUUGAAAAUUAAAAGCCAAAGUUUUUGCAUUGGGGCUGGUUCCUCAUCAGCAAAACAACAAUUGCCAAGUGCUUCUGCUUCGAAUCGAGGCAUGGCCACAAAUGUCAGUUGUUCGAGCAUAAGCAGCAGUAAUAACCAAUCAUUGGCGAGGGCCAGUUCGAUAACAUCACUAGGUGGUGGGUCGAAACUGCAAAAAUCCUAUUCGGAAACAACGGCCUCGUCGAAUAGUUUGACUGAGAACCAGAAGAAGAAAUUAUUGUGGGCUGUAUCACAGGCACUGCAGGAACGCAAAAUUACAGCCAAACAUGAGAGCUUCAAACAGUAUGCAGCAAUUUUGGCACGUGUCGUUAGGAGAAUAUUCCAGGAAUACUAUCAGAAAAACAGUACAAGUAAUAGUGAAACUAUGUUGAGAUUGGCCAAAAAGUAUGUUUAUAAUGUAACAGCUGGUGGCACAGCCGACGACAUUUAUCUUCAGGCAAAAUCCCAAAUCGAUGAUACCAAACGUCAAUCCACCUCCCGCCUAUCCGGCUAUAUUGGCCCUGAAGAAUAUCAACAAAUGAAAAAACAACUCUCCCAGCAAUCAUCAUCGCAAUCUCUGUCACAAGCCUCAUCUUCAUUUAGCCAUAAAGUUUCGUCGCUCAACAUAUUCAAUGGAGACAGUUCGUUUGAUUCCUUCGGGCCGAUUAGUCAAAACACCUCUGGCUUUUGUAGUGGCAACAAUACGGCAAUGUCACAGACAAAUAGUUUCUUGGGUCAAAUAUCACAAGAUGUUAUUAUCGAAACAUCGCAAUCAUCCAAUACUAGAAGUGGGAAGAAAAUGAUUGAUCCUAAUAAAAGCCUGCCAAACAGCUCUUCGAAAAGUAAUAUUUAUGCUGAUGCUCUGAGAGAGAAUAUGGACUGUGAUGUAAGGAAUUCGGCACAAAAGAAUUUUACCGGCAAAGACCAACGCAAUAUGAUAACAUAUGCAGGUACGGGCGGUGGUGGCUCGGCCGUUAAGGCCCACACUCAAUUGGUCACAGAAAUUAUCACAAAUAGUGCUAAGGCUCGACGACAAAUAACAUUUGAUGCAUAAUGUUGGAAGGUGUGGUGCGGCGCUACUUCUUUAAAUUAUUCGUUUUUUCAUUACGGCUAGUAUUAAGGCAAAACAAAGGAAGCAAAGGAAGAAAAAAUAGGAAUCGAAAAAUAUAUGUUGUUGGCAUUCUAUGGAAGUUUAUUUGUUCUCAUGAACAAUGAUAUAGUGUAAAAUUUAGUUAAUUGUUUAAAAUAGCUUUUAAAUAAAUUUCAGUUUUAUAUUACUAACAAACUUAGUGGAUCGAAAAAAAAUACGCAAAAUUGGAAACACUGCAAAACCCUAAAUAUCUUUCAGUGUAUCGGCAUUAUUUUUGUUUCGUUUUUGAAUUUUUUUCUUUUUUUGUGGUGUGAAACCCAGGCGAUCUCUAAAAGUUAAAUUUAUUUACUAGUUGAUCCAUCAACAUCAUCAUCAUUAUUGGGGAAACUAUUUCCAUCAGAGUGCACCGCACACAUACCUUAGAUUGUAUUUUUUCAUUAUUAUCGUUUUGGCACCCUUCUUGCGUUGUUGUACUGUGAACAAAUGCACACAACAAAACAUUUUCAUUAUUUUUUUUUUUUUUCUAUUUUAAAAACAUUGCAAUAUUCUUAAAAAAAACUAAAAACUAAAAUUAUAUAUUUUACUGACCCUAGUGAAUAUUAAGAUUUACCAAUUACACAAAUUUUUUAAAAAUUGAAUUAUCAAUAAAAAAAACUUUUCCAUUACUGUGAA